UUACAAACACAAUAGAAAAAAACCAAAAAAACCCAAAAAAAAUUUCGUUUACGUAUUAAAAACUCUUUGGUAAAUUCUAAGUUGAAAACAAUAAUAAAAAACGCACACAGCCAAGCCAAACGUAAAUUCGAUUUUUAAAGAAAACAACAAAACAGAAAAAAAAAAUAACCAAGACGAAGAAGAAGAAGAGCGCAAGCAGAAUGGCACCAACGCAAUCGAAGCGUUAUCCCAAAUUGCGUUUCGCGCUCAUCACCGAGGAUGCGCUAGAGAAACUGCGGCCCGAGCACAAGGAUGCGGACAAGGCGAGGAACAAGGACAGCAGCAAUGAGUCGUCCCCAGUGGGCGAUGCCAAGGAGCUGGACAUGUAUGAGACCAUUAACAAGACUGUGAACACGCUGCUGGAGCAGAAGCUGCAACAGCUGAAGCUGGACAAGCUCGAUCAGCUGAUCGAGCGUAAAGUCUGCGAAAUCAACGAGCGUCAGCGUCGACUGCGCAGCUGCAGUCUGCGGGCCAGUCGGACGCCCAAGCUCUCGGCCAGCGAGGUGUCCAUUAAAUCCGUCAGCGAAUUCAAGCACAGCAUGGGGAAAAUACAAUCGUCACGCUUUGGGCUCAACCACGAUCCGAAGCGAGUGCGCAAUGCCAAGCGGCCCAGCGGCGCUGAUAGCAGCAAGAAGCGUAAGAAGAAGCACCAGCAGUCGCAGCACCAGCAGCAGCAGCAGGAGCGCAGUCCGCUGCGACGUCGUGAGUCCGCUGGCAAAGUGUUGGCCGCUUCGAGAACCGCUGCCGUUAGUCAAAAUGCUGAGAACGCUUUCCUGGCUAUAGCCGCCCGAUACUUUAAGAAUUUGGAUGAGCGCAACAAGCAGCGCAAGUAAAAAUUCUUUGUCACUUUCUCAACAGAUAUAACGAAUCAUUUGUUUUCUAUCAAAUAUAAUAACAAUUAGCUCAAUUGUAAACAAAUUAUUCAACACACUUUCC